CCACCCUUACGCUUGGGCCGCGUUGCACCGCGCUCCGCUCCGUGCCGUUCCGACCGAUCGAGCAACCGAAGCUCCUCCCUCCCUCGCCGCCCAACUCCUCCCCGGCGCCACCGGCCCGCUCCUCCGCCUCCUCUUGCCGUACCCGUGCCAGGCCUCUUCGUCCUCCUCCGCUGUCUGCCCUCAACGCUCCGUCGCGUCGCCCUUGCUACCCGGCCACCGCUGCCUCCGUCAAACCCUCCUCGGCUUCUCUGCAGGCCUCGAUCUCCACUGGAGCCGUAGGUUGGGGGGCUCGGGGCUGCCUCAGCCCUCCUCCUUCUCUCCUCUCUACGGGAGGUCCCCAUCUGGCCAUCCCGGCUAGUAUUUCUCGGUUCUUGACAGAUACAUGUUCUGAGUUGCAGUCGGGGUACUGCAACCCGGCACCAGGGCUUCUUCCCCUGGCCGUGAGCGCGCCCCGAUGGCGGGGCUGGAAGAGCUGAAGAAGAAGCUGCAACCCUUGCUUUUCGACGAUCCGGACAGAGAUGGCGUUAGCACCAGGGUGCACAUCCCAGAGGAUACCUGCGAUUCCUAUGUGGUUUCUGAUGGCGGAACUGUUAAUUUACUCAGUAGAUCUUUGGGUCAGUAUAACAUCAAUGAGCAUGGCUUUCAUAAACUAAGUGCUGGGCCAGACGAGUCAGAUUCUGAUGAGAAGGCGUACCGCUGUGCCUCUCACGAGAUGCACAUUUUUGGUGCCAUUGGUAAUGGUGCAAGCAGUGUUGUGGAGAGAGCUAUAUUUAUUCCAGUACAUCGAAUUUUGGCAUUGAAGAAGAUAAACAUAUUUGAGAAGGAGAAGAGGCAACAAAUUCUGAAUGAGAUGAGAGCAUUAUGUGAAGCCUGUUGUUUUCCUGGUUUAGUUGAAUUCCAGGGUGCAUUUUACAUGCCUGAUUCCGGACAAAUAAGCAUUGCUCUUGAAUACAUGGAUGGUGGUUCCUUAGCUGAUGUUAUAAAAGUCAAGAAGUCUAUACCAGAACCAGUUCUUUCACAUAUGCUACAGAAAGUAUUGCUUGGUCUGCGGUACUUGCAUGAAGUAAGGCAUCUAGUGCACAGAGAUAUAAAGCCAGCAAAUGUGCUGGUAAAUCUCAAGGGUGAGGCAAAGAUUACAGACUUUGGUGUUAGUGCUGGUUUGGACAAUACACUGGCAAUGUGUGCUACCUUUGUAGGCACGGUCACAUAUAUGUCGCCCGAGAGAAUUCGUAAUGAGAACUACUCUUAUGCUGCUGAUAUUUGGAGUCUUGGAUUAACAGUAUUGGAGUGUGCCACUGGAAAAUUUCCAUAUGACGUAAAUGAUGGGCUAGCUAAUCUCAUGCUGCAGAUACUGGAUGAUCCAUCACCAACACCACCAGAAGAUGCUUUUUCAUCAGAAUUCUGCUCGUUCAUCAAUGAUUGCUUGCAGAAAGACGCUGAUGCAAGGCCCACAUGUGAGCAGCUUUUGUCACACCCAUACCUCAAGAGGUAUGCAAAUAAUGAUGUUGACUUAGAAGCAUACGUCAGAAGUGUUGUUAAUCCAAGAGAAAGAUUAAAGCAAAUAGCAGAGAUGCUUGCUGUACAUUACUACCUCCUGUUUAAUGGCUCUGAUGUGAUCUGGCAUCAUAUGAAGACAUUCUACAUGGAGGAAUCAACUUUCAGUUUCUCAGGGAAUGUGUAUGUUGGCCAAAAUGACAUAUUUGAUACUUUAUCAAAUAUAAGAAAGAAGUUAAAAGGCGAUAGACCUCGAGAGAAAAUUGUUCAUGUCGUUGAGAAGCUACAUUGUCGUGCUAAUGGUGAAGUUGGAGUUGCAAUUCGUGUGUCUGGAUCAUUCAUUGUGGGAAACCAAUUUCUUGUAUGCGGCGACUCAUUAAAAGCUGAAGGGAUGCCCAGCUUGGACGAACUCUCUAUUGACAUUCCAAGCAAACGUGUAGGACAGUUCAGAGAGCAGUUUACCAUGGAACCAGGGAAUUUAAUGUCAUGCUAUUAUAUAUCAAAGCAAGAUCUCUACAUCAUCCAAGCCUGACAAAAUAGAGGAAGCAUGGCGAACGUAUCGCUGAUGUUGGCCUGGUGGGGAAGCCCACUCUGCUGCUCCGGGAUGCACCUCCAUCGAGUGGCCUCAUGGAACCAACAGAAGUAGGCCUGGUAUGUGCAGUGGUCGUAAGGCCCUGUAGGCUCGAAGACGUAUGUGGCAGCACCCACCUAAUCGUCCACCCAUUGCUGCAGCUACGUGACAACACGACGUCGUGACCAAGAUUGUGCCCCUUCCUCGAAAGCCUGAAAACAUAAAUAUUGUUUAGCCAUAUUUAAGUAAAUGAAUACUAAUUGAAAUGUACUAUAAAAUACAACUUACCUGUGAA